AUGGAAAGUCGGAGUGUGCCUCCCGGCCCUUAUCGGGCCACCAAACUGUGGAAUGAAAUUACUACAUCUUUUCGAGCGGGAAUGCCUCUAAGAAAACACAGGCAACACUUUAAAAAAUAUGGCAGUUGUUUUACAGCAGAAGAAGCAGUGGAUUGGCUUUAUGACCUAUUAAGAAAUAAUAACAAUUUUGGUCCUGAAGUUACAAGGCAACAGACUCUCCAACUGCUUAGAAAAUUUCUUAAGAACCAUGUAAUUGAAGAUAUCAAAGGCAGAUGGGGAUCAGAAAAUCUUGAUGACAACAGUCAGCUAUUCAGAUUUCCUGCAAAUUCUCCGCUUAAAAGUCUUCCACGAAGGCAUCCAGAACUGAGAAAAAACAGCAUGGAAAACUUUUCCAAAGAUAAAGACAGCAUUUUUAAAUUACGAAAUUUAUCUCGUAGAACUCCUAAAAAACUUGGAUUACAUUUCUCUCAGGAAAAUAUAGAGAAAAUGAACCAUGAAAUAAUCAAUGAAGAUCAAGAAAACUCAGUUGAUAACAGAGAAAUAAGUCAGGAAGAUGUUGAAGAAGUUUGGAGAUAUAUUAUUCUGAUCUACCUGCAAACCAUUUUAGGUGUGCCAUCCCUAGAAGAACUCAUAAAUCCAAAGCAAGUAGUUCCUCAAUACGUAAUGUACAACAUGACCAAUACAAGUAAACAUGGAAUAGUUAUACUACAAGAUAAAUCAGAUGACCUUCCUCAUUGGGUAUUAUCUGCCAUGAAGUGCCUAGCAAAUUGGCCAAGAAAUAAUGAUAUGAAUAAUCCAACUUAUGUUGGAUUUGAACGAGAUGUAUUCAGAACAAUAGCAGAUUAUUUUCUAGAUCUCCCUGAACCUCUGCUUACCUUUGAAUAUUAUGAAUUAUUUGUAAGCAUUUUGGUUGUUUGUGGCUACAUCACAGUUUCAGAUAGACCCAGUGGGAUACAUAAAAUCCAAGAUGAUCCACAGUCUUCAAAAAUCCUUCGCUUAAACAAUUUGAAUUCCUUCAAAUCAACUGAGUGUCUUCUUCUCAGUCUGCUUCAUAAAGACAAAAACAAAGAAGAAUCAGAUACUACUAAGAGACUGCAGAUAAGUGAUCAAGGAUUUCAAGAAAAAUGUUCUAAGAAAAUGGAGCUAGUUAAUUUUAAAAAUAGAAGAGCCAGUGCUAAUGAUGUUAUGGGAGGAAGUUGUCAUAAUUUAAUAGGCUUAAGUAGUAUGCAUGUUCUAUCCUCUAACAUCAAACCAAAGUGCCAUUCAUUAGAAGGAAUUAUAGACUUAUCAGGGAGUUCAAGUAAAGAGGUCUUCAGUGUCUUCCAUCAAUCUGUUCUGAAUAUAGAAGAACAAAAUAAUAAGCAAUUUUUAGAGUCUAAGACCAAACAGGAAUCCCUAAUGAAUCUUCAUUCAGAGGAAAGUAAUCAAAAGCCACUCUGUGUUGGUUUUAAGAGAACCUCUACUUUGACUGUUCAAGACCAAGAGGAGUUAUGUAAUGGGAAAUGCAAGUCAAAACAGCUUUGUAGAUCUCAGAGUUUACUUUUAAGAAGUAGUACAAGAAGGAAUAGUUAUAUCAAUAUGCCAGUGGCUGAAAUUAUCAUGAAACCAAAUCUUGGACAAGGCAGCACAAGUGUGCAAACAGCUAUGGAAAGUGAACUCGGAGAGUCUAGUACCACAAUCAAUAAGAGACUCUGCAAAAGUACAAUAGAACUUUCAGAAAAUUCUUUACCUCCAGCUUCUUCUGUGUUGACUGGCACACAAAGUUUGCUACAACCUCAUUUAGAGAAGGUUGCCAUCGAUGCACUACAGUUAUGUUGUUUGUUACUGCCCCCACCAAAUCGUAGAAAGCUUCAACUUUUAAUGCGCAUGAUUUCCCGAAUGAGUCAAAAUGUUGAUAUGCCUCAACUUCAUGAUGCAAUGGGUACAAGAUCACUGAUGAUAAACACUUUUUCUCGGUGUGUGCUAUGCUGUGCUGAAGAAGUGGAUCUUGAUGAGCUUCUUGCUGCAAGAUUAGUUUCUUUCUUAAUGGAUCAUCACCAGGAAAUUCUUCAAGUACCCUCUUACUUACAGACUGCAGUGGAUAAACAUCUUGACUACUUAAAAAAGGGCUAUAUUAAAAAUCCUGGAGAUGGACUGAUUGUUCCUUUGCCAACGUAUUCAUACUGCAAGCAGAUUAGUGCUCGGGAGUUUGAUGAACAAAAAGUGUCUACCUCACAAGCUGCAAUUGCAGAACUUUUAGAGAAUAUUAUUAAAAACAAGAGUUUGCCUCUAAAAGAGAAAAGGAAAAAACUAAAACAGUUUCAGAAAGAAUAUCCCUUGAUAUAUCAGAAAAGAUUUCCAACCACGGAGAGCGAAGCAGUACUUUUUGGUGACAAACCUACAAUCAAACAGCCAAUGCUAAUUUUAAAAAAACCAAAGUUUCGUAGUCUAAGAUACUAACUGAUUUAAAAAUUACAAUGUAAUACUUGUGGAACUUUGGUAAAUGAAGCCAUAUCUAAGAAUCUAGCUUCUAAAAAAGAAGUCUAUUUAUUAAUAAGGUUUUUCUAAAUAAAACACAUAUGUAAAGAGGUACCAAAGUAAUUUUUUAUCAGUGUAAGACUGCUAAGAAACUAAUAGGUUUCAACUGAGAGCAAAUAACAAAAGUGGUACCAGAUACUUUAACCAGUAACAAUCUUUUUUUAUUUUUUAAUACACCUGUAAAAGCUAUUAUGGUGCGUGCUAAAAUUUUACUUACUUGAAUUUUGAAAACUGACAUGUUUAUCAAGAUUAAGCUGUAAUUCGGUUUUUAAAAGAAAUUAACUUUAUCUGUAUAUGUGCUUAUGAAUAUUAGCUAAAGUACUAGUUGUUUAGGGGUACCCUUGUUUCUAAGUAUAAGAAUGUGAAGAAUAUUGGAAAACUCAGUGAAUUCUCUAUGCUGAAUGUUGCACUCUUUUGUAUAUUCUUUUUCUACUUUUGAUCUAUUUAUAUAUGUAUGUGUUUUUUAAAUAUGCACAUGUAAGUCUUCAGUUUGCUUUAAACAUUUAUCUCAACUGCUUCAAUCAUUCAUUUUUCAAUAAAUAUCUUUUGCA